UUUAUAUGAUUUUUAAAUGUAAAAUUCAUUUAAUUCCUGAUGCAAAACUUGAUCCAAUUGUUCGUUCUUUUGUUAUUACUUUUGUUCGAUUUUUCUGUUUUGAAUUCAAUUUUAAAUUUUGGGGGUUUAGCAGACGGGCUAGUAUAGGUUUAAUUCAGAUAUGGUAGUGCGAAACUUGCGGACCGACUUUUGCGGACCACAGGUUUAGGUUUUUCUAUUGUAACUUUGUCCAAGCUUUUAAAAUCACGAUGAUUUUGAUGUCAUUCGACUCAGCUCGUCGAGCUCUUUCGAAUGAGCUAUGUUUUGAGAAAUUCGUCGGGUCCGCAAGUUUCGGUCAGCAAAAGUUGGACCGCAAGUUUCGACCUGCCUUCAGAUAUCGGUUCGGAAAUAUGAGGAGACUCAUUCCUCUACCAGCUUUGGGUCAAUUUGAACCUUUAAACAAUAAAUUUUUUCUUUCAAAAUAACUCAUUUUUUAGUAAUUUUAUGCUCUGGCAUUUUUGGGAAAUGAAUCUUGUCGAACGGAGCAGGACUAAUAGGCGCAGCCGAAUAGGCGCAGACGAAUAGGCGCAGCCGAAUAGGCGCGGAGACAAAUAGGCGCGGGACGAAUAGGCGCGGGACGAAUAGGCGCCCGAAGUUAUUUUUUCUUAGAUAUUUUUUUUUGAUUUUUCUUCUUAUUUUUUGUUCUGAUUUUUUCUUCUGAUUUUUUGUUCUGAUUUUUUCUUCUGAUUUUUUUGUUCUGAUUUUUUCUUCUGAUUUUUUUGUUCUGAUUUUUUCUUCUGAUUUUUUUGUUCUGAUUUUUUCUUCUGAUUUUUUUGUUCUGAUUUUUUUGUUCUGAUUUUUCUGUUCUGAUUUUUUUGUUCUGAUUUUUUCUUCUGAUUUUUUUGUUCUGAUUUUUUUGUUCUGAUUUUUUUGUUCUGAUUUUUUUGUUCUGAUUUUUUUGUUCUGAUUUUUCUGUUCUGAUUUUUUUGUUCUGAUUUUUUCUUCUGAUUUUUUUGUUCUGAUUUUUUUGUUCUGAUUUUUUUGUUCUGAUUUUUUUGUUCUGAUUUUUUUUGUUCUGAUUUUUCUGUUCUGAUUUUUUCUUCUGAUUUUUUUGUUCUGAUUUUUUUGUUCUGAUUUUUCUGUUCUGAUUUUUUUGUUCUGAUUUUUUCUUCUGAUUUUUUUGUUCUGAUUUUUUUGUUCUGAUUUUUUUGUUCUGAUUUUUUUGUUCUGAUUUUUUUGUUCUGAUUUUUUUGUUCUGAUUUUUUUUCUUCUUAUUUUUUGUUCUGAUUUUUUCUUCUGAUUUUUUGUUCUGAUUUUUUCUUCUGAUUUUUUUGUUCUGAUUUUUUCUUCUGAUUUUUUUGUUCUGAUUUUUUCUUCUGAUU